AUGGGGGUACUGCUGAGGCUGCUGGUGCUGCUGGGCCUGGUGGGGUGCCCUCGUGCCCCGGGUGACUUGUCGGGGGGGCUGCGUGUCACCUCCAUGUGGGUGACGGUGCCACGGCAGUUGAGUGCCCGGGCUGACACCGACCCCCUGGCUGUCUCUUACUGGCUGGAGGUGGCUGGGCGGCCGUGGGUGCUGCGCCUGCGCCCCAGGCGAGGGCUGGUCUCCCACCCCUUCACGCUGGUCACCUAUGGCAAGGAUGGGACCCGCUGGGAGGAGCACCCCUUUGUUCAUGACAACUGCUUCUACCAGGGAGAGGUGCAGGGGAGCCCUGGCUCCGUGGUGGCCCUCAGCAACUGUGGCAGGGGCCUCCAUGGCAUGCUUUGGGUAGAGGAUGACACCUACGAGAUUGAGCCCAUCCCCGAUGACCCGGCCUUCCGGCACAUCCUCUACCGCAUGGAGGAGGCCAGCAACCCCGUGGGUCCCACCUGUGGGUUGACCCCGCAGGAGCUGCAGCACCAAGAGGCUUUGUUGCCCUGGUUCAAGGAGCCCCAGGCAGUGCAGGAGGAGGAAGAGGUGUUGAAGGGCUGGUGGACGCAUGUCAGAUAUGUGAAGAUAGUAGUGGUCGUGGACAACACACGGUUUGUGAAGUCGGGCAGGAAUGAAUCUGAAGUCUUGAGGCAGGUCCUAGAAGUCAUCAACAUUGGGGACUCUCUGUACGAACAGCUUUCUAUUCGUCUGUUUCUUGUGGGAUUAGAGAUCUGGACCAAAAGCAACCUUAUAAACAUUACUAAUUCUAUCAGCAACGUACUCGAUGCCUUUAACAAAUGGCGAAGGUCAGACCUGUUUCCAAGGAUGUACCAUGAUGUCUCUCACUUAUUUGUAUUUCAGGGCUUUGGAAAGAGCCUGGGAUUGGCAUACCUAGGGUCCAUAUGUAAUAACCACUGGUCAGCAGCAGUUGAUUCCUUCACUAAUAGGAAGUUGUCCUCAUUUGUUAUCACAUUUGUCCAUGAGCUGGGCCAUAAUCUUGGGAUGCGCCAUGAUAAACCGGGCUGUAAGUGCAGACGAAAGAGAUGUAUUAUGUAUGAAACUGAUGUUGACACGGAUGCAUUCAGUGACUGCAGUUACAAAGACUUCUUUGACAACGUUGUGCAUGGUUCCAGGUGCAUUUAUCGACCACCAGCACCCGGCACUUUCUACACCACGAAGCGUGAAUACUGUGGGAAUAAGGUAGUAGAAAGCAGAGAGCAAUGUGACUGUGGCUCAGCAUCAAACUGCAGAAAGGAUCCUUGUUGUCACCCGAAUUGUACGUUUACUGCAAACUCAGUCUGUGCUUCUGGAAAAUGCUGCAAGAGAUGUCAUUUCCUUCCAGCAGGAAAGGUCUGCAGAGCAAGUACUGGUGUCUGUGACCUGCCAGAGUAUUGCAAUGGGACUUCCCCUCAGUGUCCACAAGAUUCGUACAUACAAGAUGGAGCCCCUUGCAAAGACGGGGCUUAUUGCUAUCGAGGAAAAUGUUCUACCCACCAUAAACAGUGCCAGCAACUCUUUGGCAAAAAGGCCAGAGCCGCUUCUUUAGAUUGCUUCAAAGCAGUGAAUACUCAAGGUGACCGUUUUGGGAACUGUGGUAUUCGUAACAGUGUCCAUUUUACAAAAUGCAGUAUUGAGAAUAUCUUAUGUGGUAGGAUCCAGUGUGAAAACAUAGACAAAUUGCCUUUCUUGCAGGACCAUGUAACGCUAGUCCAAACCCCUAUUGGACAUAAAAAGUGUUGGGGUCUUGACUACCAUGUAGGGAUACCAGCAGAUGAUGUGGGAGCUGUGGAAGAUGGCACGUCAUGUGGUCAUGAUAUGCUUUGUAUCAACAGGACAUGUACCAGUGUAUCACUGCUGAACUACAACUGUAACGUGACAAGGUGCCAUGGCAGAGGAGUGUGUAACAAUCAUAAGAACUGUCACUGCAGGUAUGGCUGGGCUCCUCCGUAUUGCAAAUUGAAAGGAUAUGGAGGUAGUGUUGACAGUGGACCUCCUCCAGCCAGGGGGAUUUUUCAAAGAGCAAGAAUAGGA